AUGGCCACAAAGCAUCUAGUCCCAAGCAAAGACGCUCUACGUCUUCUGCGCCAGCUCGCCUCGGCGCCCUACCAUCCUCUACAGUACGACGACGCUGUAAGCUCGAAGAAACCUCAGUCCAGACAAUGCGCUGCUAAAGAACGUUAUGCUGCAAGGCCAUCGCGCCCAAUUGGCAUUUGUCGACAUCAAUACUCUCUGGCGAGGAUUAUUCAGCCUCGGGAAUAUCACAACAACCAACUCUACAACCGGCAUAGACAUGUCAGGCUAUACGUUACUGCCGCCGAAGCCCUACUCAACGUGCAAGAGGAAGAAAGUGAGGCAGAUCAUAGCUUUGCCCCAACCCAUCAGGACUUCGAAAAUCCUCAGCUUGGUCAGAUACUGAUAGACGACCAUGAAAUACUUCUUGAACGUAUCCUUGCUGUGCGCCAUACCGACGGCGAUUUUGCUGCAAAGUCGUUGCUUGAGGAAAUGUUGAUCUCUUAUAUGAGCACCAACGAACCGAAGCAUGCUCAGAUCGCCGAGACCCUAUUUCUAACAGUUCGUCAGCAUUCUACUGGCAUCGAUCUAGGCUCUGUUCAAUACGUCGCUCUCACGGCUCUGUUGGAGAAAUACAGGUCAGCUACUAGGGCUGCAAGCCUACUUUUUUGGGAUCUAUCAACCACUCACGUGCGUCACUAUCGACAUCAUAUUCGACGUACCGCAUCUUACCUUAAACAACUUUGUAAACAUAAUCGCGAGAGCCCCAUAUUUCUCCUAGAUCAUACAUUGAAGCUCUUGCAAAGUGUGCAAUUAUGUGGCUUCCCUAUAUCUGCUGAUAUCACUUUCCCUGUCAUUCAGAGUGCUGUUGCCGCUGGCCUAAAUGCGAGGGCUCACAGAUUCUUCAGUGCUGUCCAGCACGACUAUGGCUUCCAUGACGUCUUUCCAUCUAUACUUGAGCUUACCAGAGGUUAUGCGAGGACCCACGACUGGUCAGCCGUGGACAAUCUUCUCGAGGAUUUGCAUCGUCAAGGCUACCCAAGGUCGAAACCAUUUGCUUUUGCUAGUCUAGUCGAGGGUACUCUGACUCUCUUUAUCCCUCACCACGGCGACAGCCGUUUUUACGACUACUUAAUCUACUGUAUCCAAGAGCAUGGCUUGGUACCGACUCCUGAGCUAGCAAGGCUGAUCUACGUCAGUUGCGUUCGUGCACAACGUCCGGAUCUUGCUCAGAAGUGGACUAAAGAUCUGCUCACCGCCUGGCCAACCAUGUUGAGCACUGCCAGAAUUCCUCAAACUGCUCACGAUAUAGCCGUCGCCUGGGCUGCAACAACUGCCUCGUGCGUCGAUAUCCUCAAUACAUGUAUAGCCUUUGCUUACGGUUCUGUUCGAAGUCCAUUCUCGGACGACUUCAAAAAUUUGGCCAAAGAAGCCCUCAUGCAUGACCUGGCUCGACGUGGCCAACGCUAUCAGGAUACUUACGACAUACAGGUCACUGACCAAGAUUCUUGGAACCCUGACAAAUUUCAUACUCCACAAGCCUUUUUCGAGCAUGUUGAGGCCUUGCUCCAUCGUGAUCUUGGUCAAAGAGGAAGGCUAGUGCGUACUCUUUCGAAGACAGAGCUGAUCAAACACUUCGUGGCAGCCCGUCAAACAGUACUCCUGUUGGAUGAUUUCGACACGUAUGUUGCAACCUACGGACCAAGAUUUGAGGUGGAAUUUCAAAUCAACGAAAAUUUAUCUUCGGCUACAAGGCGAAAGAGACAGAUGAAACAAAAUCAGGCUAGGAAGUGGUCCUCCAUUGAUACGUUCCCUGCGUUCCAUGCUGCUAUUAAGCGUGAAUGUAAGGAAAUAGACGGUAGUAGCGCUACGCGUGCAAUCAUUCUUAAGCAAGUCUUGGAAGUCUUGCAGAGUGAAUGGCGAUAUAGCGAUAUCGCUGGCCUGCUCUUGAAAUACUCCAGGCUGCGCAGCGCUGCAGAGACGUUUGAUGAGGAGAUCUUCACAUAUUGGCUGGUGGCGGCUAGGGGAAUACAGGGAGAAGUUUGGGCUCCCACAGGAGACGACAGUCAAGGCGUGGAACGUCUCUCGCUGAACGUGCAGAACUGGAAUAUCUACAAGGACGUAUCUACCGUCGCAAAUGGUACCAGAAGGGUUGUCCCACAGCAGAACAAAUAA